AUGUACGCAAGACUGGUUCUUCUGUGCUUGUUUCUGUUACCAUUUGCUUUCUCCUCCCCUGCUCAGCGGACCGUCCACGAGAAUGUUCUUGCCAAAGCAGAGAAGGCAUACAUCGGGAUCAAGUGGGAUCUGGCACUCCGAGACUGCGGAGAAUCCAGGCUCAAGCCCCUGGUGGAAGCCACACGGAUGGCAAUCCAGCUCACCAAACGUCCAAGCCAGCCGGUGAGCACGCCGGGGUGUGGAACCGCUUCUUCCUCUCCGGCAAGCAUCUCAAGAAAAGGGAAGGCUGGAUGGGGCAAGGCACUCAUUAUGCGAAAGUCCUCGGCUAGUCGAUGCUCCGAGUACGCGUGGCUGUACGCAGAUAAGAAAAAGGCCAAUUCCAUGGUCAAGGAGAAUGGUAAGCUCGGAAGCGGCUGCUCGAAACACCACGAUGGCAACUACCCCUGGCUAAUCGACGUCUCCGCGGAGAAUUAUGCCUGGUAUUAG